UGGCGGUGUGCGAGCUCGUGCGCUUGCUAAUAUUUAGUUGAAAAUGUCCUUCGUUCGAAUCCGUCUCACUUUUCAACACUCUCUGCCCCAUACUGAGCUCAAGAACUGCUGGUUUCUAGUUGACACUUCCUCGUGUAACACGGUCGCUGACUUAGAGUAUUUGAUAAGGAAAAGAUUCAAGGCACCUUCGAAGAGUUGUUACGCGGUGAAAUUGUUCCUCGACGAUUUCCUUCUUCCUUCACAAGAGAAGAUAGAGAUCAUUCAAAAUAAUGACCACAUAAGGGUUGAGAUCCAACAAACAACAGAAAAACAGAUAGAUAAAAAGGAAAGAGAUGAGCAAGCAGUAGAAAACAAAGGGGAAAGGAACAGAAAGAAGAGCAACUUACCAAAUGCAAGGGAUAAACCGAAAAAGAAACAAGUGGACAGGAACAAACAGGUUGUCAGUGAUAGAAAUAUAAAAGGGAAUAUCUUGCCAAAGAAAAGAGUACAAAAUGACAAUGAGAUACCUAUGGAGAGUAAGAAGGCCAAGAGAGACAAGGUAUCUUCACAGGAUAGUAAAAAAGUGGCAAGAAAAGAUCCAAAGCUGAAAAAGGAAGCUAAAAGAAGACACAAAUCAAAAUUGUCUUCAGUUGUGGGGAGUGAUGUUGGUGCUUUGUUAUCACAGGAGAAGAUGAGUUCUACUAAAGCUUUUUCAUCUACAACAAGCUCCCAAAUGAAAAAAUUGAAUAAACCUUUGAAAGGAAAAUCUGCAAUCCAGCAGAAGCAAACUAAUGGAAUAAAGGUAUCUCUGCAAGGCAAUAUUCAUAAAAGGAAAGCUGCUUCAUUGCUUUUGAAAACAGAUUCAAAAAAAGGCAAGCAUGGUGGAGAAGUAACACUUGGGGGUGAUAGAAAUGCCAUUGAUAGUGACAGUACUACCUCUAAUAGCUCCAGCUCAGCAGACGAAUCCAGACCCACAAGAUUACCAUCUCAGGUAAAAGUGAGUAAAUCUCUGACAAGCAUCACCCAAAGGAAGGUUGAUUCUGAUGAGUCAAAAAAAGAUGCUCACAGAAUGAUGUCAAAAGAAACAAAUGAAAAACAAGGAAAGAAUACAUGUAACUCUAUUCCUAAAUCAUCUUUGACUUUGUGGGAUAUCAGUGAGGGAACAAGAAAUGACAGAUCUUUUUCAUCACCAUCAGAAUCUUCCAGGGGUGUGGAAAAGUCAGAGAACUCUUCUGUUUUUUCUCAUGGAAGUGCGAAGGUGAAUUCAAGAACUGAGAGCACCAGCAAGAACACUUUUUCAUCCUUAGAAAACCCUGCAUUGUCAUCCAGAACAUCAUUCCAGUCACCUAAUUCUGCAUAUAGUCAGACACUAACAAGACAAAAAAUUGAGACAUCUGACAAGCAAUCUGCCACUUGUUGUAAUACCAAGCAAAUGAACUCUACUGGACAAGUAUGGCCUCUAUCAAGUGCAACUGAAAGAUAUAGCAAAACGCCAGAAUCCAGUCAAGAAACCAGCCACAUCAGAUUUGAUUCAGAGGAGUCUGAAGAAGAAAGUAUUGACAAACAACAGGAAAACACUGGUUUGACUAAUGGCAACUCAGAGCACUUAUUAACCAAUGCAGGUUUAACCCCAUAUUUUCCACCAUGUACACAAAAUCAGCCACCAGAGACCCCAGAAGCAGCUGUCAGUGAGCUUAAGGAGACAACAAUGCAAGAUUACAGUCUCUGUACUCCACUUCAUGGCCCUCCCAGAAGUAGAGAUAAAAUAGCUUACAAGAUACUUGAACUGUCCGCCUCCUAUACUCCUGAAAUCUCAGAUUACAAGGAAGGUACUGUUCUUGCUUUUGAUCCAAGCAGUGGAACUGUUAAGAUAGAACUCUCAAAGGAGUCGCUAAAGAAGUCGUUAGGCGACGGAAACGUGACCGGAAAAUUUGAUUUGGUUUACGAUGAAAAUGAAGAAAACGGAAACGAUGAAGAGGAAGAAACUGAGACUGUUGUGCCAUGGAAUUCCAUGAUUGAUCCUGUUCUUGUCGAGUAACUCAGUGAGACUGGUACGCCAUUGGUUCACCUAUUUCUUUCUCUUCAAUCGAUAUUACCGUGUAAAUGAUAGACAACUUGGCAGGACAGUGCUACACUGGGAAAGACGAGGUGCAAACGAGGGGACUGGGACAGGGGCCUCUGGUCAGGGCCUUGGGAUGUAUCAGUGCCAGCUAAUUGAUGUUAUAAAUGAAAGCAGUUAAAUGACAGACUGUGGGAAGAUUAGUCUCAUCAAUGGAAACGAUUUUGAGAAAAUUGAAUUUCAAUACAGAGAAUUUACACAGGGUGUGUGGUUAAACAGUCUUCAGUUUUUAUCUAUAGGUUACAAUGACUGUGGCGGAAUGGAAGUACUUCAGCCCCUGCUCUCAUCGUCGCUCUCUGUUCCACUUUUAUCACUUGGAAAGACAGAAACCCAUCACAAAAGAGUGGAAAACAUUCUUUUAGAAAUAAAGUUACGUUCCAUUUUCUUACGAUGUUCGCACAUGAACUAAAGUAAUUGAUAAGUUAAAGUUUUUGUUGCUGCUAUUUGUUUCUUUAUGGAAAAUUUAAUGUAAGUGUGUGACAACAGGCGUAGUGUGCCCUCCUUUCUAGAUACAGAUGCCAGUAGACGAAGCAGUCUUUACACAUCCUAUGGCUGUUCAAAUAGUCAUUCCUUGUGCUCUUUUCAUUUGUGUUAUUAAACCGAAACGAAAACUCAGUUACAUUGGUCCAACUAAUAAAAAUAAAUUAAUGAAUCAAGAAAAAAGUAACAACGAAUUACAUGACACUGGCGCAGUUGCCAUGCAACUGACUACAAUUGGAUUGGUUUGAGUUGAAUCUGAUCGCCUAGGAAGGUGAUGCAAGUUCAAGCAAUUAGAGUGCUUUUCGAUUGUGUGUCCAUAAACAAAAACGAAAACAAUCACGACAGCCAACCGUAGCGAGGAAAAAAUCACCAGAAGCUAAUCAGAACUUGAGGUAUAAACAAACAAACUGCCUGAAGCGCGGGAAAACGCGAGUGACCAAAUCGCGGUAGGUAGGUUUUAGUUUUGAAUCUGAUUGGGUUAUAUGAUGGCGCCGGUUUUCUGGACUAAUCACGGAGCGAAGUCAAACAAAACCAAAGAAAUUCCGGAUUACUUUGGACACUCAAUUGAAAAUUGUUCUUUGGAGCUUAUUAUGUAACGCAAUUUUCGGUUGAAGUAGUCAGUAUCUUGCGUGGCUGGCUGUUUUUAAGGCGCUCAAUGAACAUCUUUGUUGGUUUCCGUUACCCAAGAAUACGAAAAGGGUUUACGCUGUGUUGUAGGGAAGAAUAUUCGACGAAAGGACAGGAAGAAACGAAGUUGGCGUUUGGUUAUCUCGCGUUUAUGAAGCGAGUAAAUCAGGAAAGAAGUCAAUAACACUGUUGCAGUACCUAAUUAUAAGUGUACUAUGUGAAUGAUUAAUUAAAGAAAAUGGUGAGAUUGUA